AUGAUGUGCGGAUUAAUCGAUUUGAACACAGUGAACAAUGAAGCUGAAACGGAUUUUUUAUAUAAUUCACCAGAAUUGACGAUGAAGUCAUCGGAGACGGCGGCCUCUGUAAGUAUGGAGCUAUGGCACGCUUGCGCUGGGCCUUUGAUUUCGCUUCCUAAAAAGGGUACCGCCGUGGUGUACUUUCCUCAAGGCCACUUGGAGCUCCUUUCCGAGCAUCAAGCUGCGGCCUAUGAUUUACCUCCCCAUGUCUUCUGUCGCGUUGUAGACGUUAAACUCCGUGCCGAGGCAAAUAAUGAUGAGGUUUAUGCGCAGAUUUCUCUGGUUAUGGACAAUCAGAUUGAGAAGAAAUGA